CAAAAUUAAAGCCGCAAUACCAUCUUCCGUUCCUCUCUUCUACCCGGAAACCUAGCCGGCGCACCUGGAAAUAAGAGGAUAAAUCUUCAGCAGCUUAACCCAUGGCGGCAUCGGCGGCGACGACGGCGGCGUUUCCGACAAGAACUGAAGUGCUAUUUUUAUUCCGAUCUCUUCUUCGCACAGCUUCGAAGUUCACCGACUACAACAUCAGGGAGUACACCAGGAGGAGGACGAUCGAUGGCUUCCGGGAGAAUCGCUGCAUCUCCGAUCCGAUCUCCAUCGCCGCGGCCUUUUCCGACGGGAAGUCCCAGCUCGAGGUUGCCAGGAGGCAGGUGCUGGUGUUCUCCCUUUACGAGCCCAAGGUUAAGAGCAUCAUGGAAAUCAAGAAAAACUGAAUACUGAAUCCUCGGAGGCAGUUCAAAAUCGCUUUGCACGAAUAGUUAUACCAUAACGUGUUAAUUGUAGAAUUUUUAAUGCGCGUAUUCAAUUGGGUUCACAUAUUAUCUUA